UUGUGACAUGGCCUGCAGAGCUGACACUGAACUGCAACCUCACAGCUUUGAACUGCCUCUGCUGCCUGAACAAAUAAGCCAAAAGGAGGAGGAAGAACCUGCUGUGGAACCUGACAUGAUCCCUGAUGUCACUCUGAAGGUGGAAGGAGAGAGUUUCUUCGUGAACCGAGGACGUCUGGCCCUCCAGAGCCCCUACUUCAGAGCUCUGUUCUUCGGCUGUGGCGUGGAGAGCAGUAGGAGGAGGAUUGAGAUCAAAGGUGUGAACGUGGAACAUUUCAGGGUUUUGAUGGAACACAGCAGAACGUGUAACCUCGCUCUAGACAGAGAUAAUGUAGUGGAGAUCCUCCGGACAGCAGAUUAUUUGCAGCUGGAGCGAGCCAGGCUGCUCUGCUCUAAGUUCCUGGAGCGUGAGCUGCACCUGAGCAACUGUCUGGGAAUGAUGGCGUUCGCCUGGCAGCUGGGAUGUUCUCAGCUCUACACCGCAGCCAGACAGGUGGCGCUCACUCACUUCUCUGCCAUCUGCACCCAGGAGGAUUUUCUGUCUCUUCCCAAGGAGUCCAUAGCAGAUCUGCUGGCCAGUGAUGACCUGACCAUCAUUAAAGAUGACCUGGCCUUAGAGGCCGUCCUGCACUGGGUGGCGUUUGACCCCAAACGAGAGGAAGACUUCCUGGAGCUCAUGGAGCUGGUGAGGCCAGAGACUCUGUCUCUACCGUUUCUCACCGAACUUCUGACCAGGAUGAAAAGUUCCGACCCCAGAGCCAAACUCAUCUGCAAGCUGAACCAACUUCCAGCGUCCUGGUCGAUGGGCCGGUCGGUGAGGAGGACCAGGGCCGGGGAGACUCUGUUCGUCCUCGGCGGGCCUCACGAUCAGGAGCAACAGCAGCUGUACCGGUUUCACCCGCUCAGUGGACGAUGGCAGAGGUGUUCACCGCUGCAGAGGAAGAACCUCACGCAGUACUCUGUAGCUGCAGCAGGUGACAGCGUGGUUGUGACGGGUGGCUACUUCCGGGACGUGCUGUGGUUCAGCGUGGACUGGGUCCGGAUCUAUGAAGUUGGGAACCAGCGCUGGGUGGACGGUCCGGCCCUGCAGAAGUCCAGACACAGUCACUGCUCGGUGGGGCUGGGCUCGGCUCUGUACGUCCUGGGAGGCAGCAUGGACGAAGGCCUGGUGGCCGACGUGGAGAGGCUGGUGCUGGGGUCCGAGGGGGGCUGGGAGGCGGUGAGGCCCCUGGUCCGGGCCGUGGAGAGGGCCGCCUCUGCUGCUCUGGACUCCUGCAUCUAUGUAGCCUGUGGCCUGGAUGAAAACGGGGAAGUUUACGCAGGAAUCCAGAGGUACGUGGUGAAGGAGGACCAGUGGGACGUGCUGUCCUACUCUCCAUUUCCACGAUACGACCUGGUUGCCACUGAGCUGAACGGCGCCCUCUACCUGUUCGGAGGUCAGGCGCUGCGGUUGGACGUGGAGACGGACGAGUGGACGGAGCUGGAUGAAGACUGUCUGAGCAGUAAGUUCUUCUGUGGCUGCUCCACCGUCGCCGGACAGAUUUACCUCCUCAGUGAGAGGAAGAGCAACAAAGCUUCUCCCAACAUGGUGCUGUUAGACUCCUACAUAGACACCUGCAUCCAGGUGGACGAUAACAUCCCCUGUCCUGUUCCCCUCAGAGGCUGCGUCACCGUCAGGAUGGACACAUGAUGGAGGGAGUUCUGUGCAUUCAAAGUGUUUUUCUUGCCUUUAACGUCCUCUCCGGCUGUUGAUUUCACCUCUAAAAACUUCCAUCUGUGUAGUAAAGCUGUUUAUCAGGUUUUCUUUUCCAUGACAGUAAUCUCCUCCUGCCUUACAAUGGUAAUCAUCAUUUCUGUUUAAAAUCUGUGAAACUACACAGAAAAAAAAUCUGGAGAAAAAAUGCAGUAUGGCUGCCAGAACAAAUAAUAAAAACAACAAACACUGGAACACUGUAAUGUUCAAAAAUUUUAAAAAUAACCAUAAAUAUCUGUGAAAUAAUUGUAAUUUUUGCUGAUAUAAAUUCAGUAAACGGUGUCAUUUUGUGGUCACACAUUGUAAACGAGUACAUUAUUAUUUGUUAUAAUUUUUAUCAGAUCUUUGAGGUGGACAUGCUGUAGCUUUUGUUGUUUUUUUUUUUACAGUUACUAUGUAGACAAUUGUUUUCUGUAAUUUUACUAGAUAUUAUUUGUAAUUGAACAAUCAGGGAAAAUCUGUAAAACAACAGCUUUUUAUUUAACCUUAUCUUAAAUUAAUAAGCAAAUUACUAUGUGGAAAAUGACAGACUUGUGAUGGAGACAUUAUCUCCAAUUUUGGCCUGUAUUUUUAAAGAUGA